CGUUACCUUUACACUUUAUUUUUUUUUACAAGAAUGGGCAUGACAUGUAUUGUUCGGUGGAAGAAUGCAACGGGCAUGCGAGAUUUCACCACCAUUGACGAACAUGUAAUCAAAACGUUACAUGGCAAAAACACGGGUCGAUGGGGACUGACCUGCAAAGUUUACCGAGACAACAGUCGCAACAACACAGGAAAACUUCUCUAUCAGAUAUCCUUAGCGCAGCAGCCACGGCAGCUGUAUUGCAUGGUGGAUGGCGGCGUGGUAGUGGAAGUUGAGCGCGACGUGGAGGCGAUAUUCAGCAGACUGAAAAACUUGUGGGUCGUGCGACAAAGUGCGACGAUAGAGGGUACUAGCUAUGAUAUAGGUGAUUUCACGUUACGGGUGGCAAAUAUUCUGCUUGGAUCAACGUACAAAGGCUUGCUGUUGGAGGUCGAAUACCGGCCAUGCUCAUCGCCAGAUGGAGCGACCCAAAUAAUACAAGAUUUCGUGGAGUCUUUGAUCCCUCCCAAUGCGCAGAUCUCUAUGGAUACCGAAUAUGAUUAUGAAAAGGUCGGAUUGAGCAGCUCGGAGUUCACCAUAGCACACACUGGGUACCAGUAUAUGUUGCUCUUUCGCAAAGAUAGUCUAUUGUAGAUUUUACCAAGUUGAUAUCCUAAUAAAUUGGAUGCAAGCAUUCCAAAACUGGCC